AUGGCAGGUAACACGCAAGAUUCAUCACCUCAGUCUUUCUGGGAAGGCUACAAAGAGUUUUGGGGCGAGAGGUUUUCGUUUAUGAGCAAUUAUUCCAACUUCAUCAAGCGUGAUAAACCCCUCACUUCCUGGUCUGACUCUGAUGUUGAGGAAUUCAUCGCUUCUGAUCCUCUUCAUGGACCCGUGGUUACCCGUGGAGGUUGUCAGAGUGCUCACACAGCUGCUAUUGCUGUUCUGUGUGCUGAGAGAGGAAUUACGUCACAUCUGCUUCUACGAGGAGAGCAGCCUGAAAUCUUGACUGGCUAUAACUUGAUGUCUACAAUAUAUGGAAAUGUCACAUAUGUUCCGAGAACUAUGUACGCCAACAGGGAAGAAAUGCUAAAGAACUAUGCUAGGUCAGUGGCCGGAAACAGUGGUGCUUUCCUAUGGUUCAAUGAUAUCAUUCAAGCUUCUUCAACAGGCGAAUUGUCUACUUCUCAAAAUUUUACGAAAAUGGACGCAAGUAGAAGUGAGAGAAACCAUCUUCAAAAGAUUUUAGUUGUCAACGAAGGGGCUGGUGAUUCUGUUGCUCUACUAGGUAUUAUUCGGUUAGUGCAAUACUUAUCACAAAAUCAUUUACUUGGGAAACAAAGAGCCACAAAAUUUGUCGUUGAUGCUGGUACUGGCACAACAGCUAUUGGUAUAGGACUUGCAGCCAUUUUCUUUGGACUUCCGUGGGAGGUACACGCGGUUAUGCUGGCAGAUAAAAUUGAUGGGUACCGAAAGCAGGAAAAGCACUUGAUUGUUGAAUUCAGUAAGCAUUUCAAUGUUGAGUUUCUUGACCACGACGUAAACAAAGAAGAUGCUGGGAUUGUGCAUUGGGUGGAACGUGACCGUCCAAGAAAGUUACAGAUUCAAUUUUGCGCUGCUUACAUUUUCAUCGGGGUUGUUUGCAUUCUUCUUUAUUUUGGAGGUCAAAAGCAAAGAGUUGCAAUUGGAAGAGCAAUUUUGAAAGAUCCAAAAAUAUUACUUCUUGAUGAAGCUACAAGUGCCCUUGAUGCCGAGUGUGCAUGUAUUGAUACUAACUUGUGCAUUUGUAUGUUCUUUUUAAACCUUGGUGAUUUCCUUGUGCAGAAACUAGGGGAAGGUGUGAAAGGGGUGUAUAUCUCGAUAGACGUGGAUUGUCUUGAUCCUGCAUUUGCUCCGGGAGUGUCUCAUAUUGAACCGGGAGGUCUUUCUUUCCGCGAUGUUCUUAACAUCCUACACAAUCUUCAAGGUGAUGUUGUUGCUGGAGACGUCGUUGAACUCAACCCACAACGCGAUACUGUUGAUGGAAUGACUGCUAUGGUAGCUGCUAAGUUGGUCAGAGAAAUGGCUGCAAAGAUUGCAAAAUGA